CACACAAUGUAUGCCAAUCACUGCACUGCAUUCCAUUCUAUUGAUUUUCCUUGUGAUUUGAUUAAAUAAAUGGCUUCUCAGUUGCUGCUCCUUUUGGUUGUGGUGAUAGUUGUUUUAUUUUCUCAAAGUGAAGGCGCCACUCCACAAAACGGCAUUCAAUCUGCCUGCGAAUUGGCUCCUGAUCGUAAAUCAUGCGAGUCAAGCCUUUCUGAAAAUCCAGGGUCUUUACGAGGAGGCCCAAAAGAUAUGACUCAUAUUGCCCUCAACAUGAGCAUAUCUAACGCCCAAACGGUUGGAGGCUUCAUUUCCAGUGACUCCCGCAGAUCAUCCAUGAAUGCUAAGCAGAGUCAAGCCGUCGACGACUGCCUCCAACUGUACGAUCUGACCGUCUAUUAUCUGACGGAGAGUCUGUCAAUCUUGACAGAUUCUUCAUUACAAUGGAAAGAUGCAGUGGAUAUUCAGAGCUAUCUGAGUGCAGCCCUGACGAGCCAGAUCACCUGUCUCGACGGCCUCAACGAAGCAAACAUCGAUCUCCAUUUGCUGUCUUUCACAGAUCAUGUGCCAAACGCGUCCCGGUCAGUGAGUAAUUCCCUGGCUAUUGUAGAGAAGCUUUUUAUCAGAGCCAUGAAGUCCUCAAAAACUUCAGUCCACAGCCGACGCUUGUUAUCUGACGCCCAUCAAGUUGAUCACGAACCCCUCGACGACGACUUCUCGUCGUGGUUAUCUGGAGAGGACAGAAGAUUGCUUCUUCAGACUGUAGCCGGCGUCAAUUUGACAGGAAACAUGGUGACGGUGGCGCGGAAUGGCAGCGGUGAUUACACCACAAUCACUGAUGCCAUUAAUGCCGUUGCAAACAAAAGUGCAAACAGAUCAGUGAUUUAUGUAACCGCAGGAGUGUACGAGGAAUACGUAAGCGUGGCGAGUAACAAAUAUAAUAUCAUGCUCAUUGGAGAUGGAAAAGACGUCACUGUGAUCACUGGUAACAGAAGCUUUGUAGAUGGCUCCACUACUUUCAACUCUGCCACUCUCGCCACGACUGGGAAAGGUUUUCUUGCAAGAGACCUCACAAUUGAGAACACAGCAGGUGCAAUAAAGCACCAGGCCGUUGCUCUACGGGUGGGAGCAGAUUUAUCUGCUUUUUACAGGUGCAGCUUCAAAGGGUAUCAAGACACUCUGUACGUGCACUCACUCCGUCAAUUCUACAGAGAAUGUGAUAUCUAUGGCACUGUAGAUUACAUAUUCGGCAACUCCGCUGUAGUAUUCCAAAACUGCACUCUUUUGGCACGAACACCAUUGACCGGGCAGCAGAAUGUAUUCACAGCUCAAGGUAGAACAGACCCAAAUCAAAACACGGGGAUAUCGAUUCACGGCUGUAAGGUUACUGCGGCCCCUGAUCUGGUUCCUGUUAUGAGCUCUGUCCGUACGUACCUGGGGAGGCCAUGGAAAGAGUACUCACGUACUGUUUACAUGCAAUCUUAUUUGGAUAGUUUGAUCCAGCCGGCUGGGUGGUUAGAAUGGAAUGGUACAUUUGCCUUGAGCACGUUGUAUUAUGGUGAAUACGGAAAUCAAGGUCCAGGGUCAAAUACUUCACAGCGAGUUACUUGGCCUGGUUAUCAUGUAAUGAACACAACUGACGCUCAAAAUUUCACGGUAACUAACUACAUCUUUGGUGAUUCAUGGUUACCAGCAACUUCCAUACCUUAUAAUGGAGACUUGUUUUAAAAUGUUGAAAAAUCCACUUGACUUGUCUUGGAUUAUUGCAUCAUCAAAUUUAUGUGUUCUCCCCUCAGCUACCAAAUAAGAGGAAAUAAAACCUCCAUG